ACUGAGUUUUAUUCAUUUCUGACCAAGUUAGCGUUCCAGUUGGAUAGAGCUGAAAUUGUAUAUCUGUUAAAGCAAGAGGAAGUUAAAUUGUGCUCAAAAAUAGAAUUGAUUUUCAGAUCAGUUUCGUUCCUGCAGUUAAUUGCCAGAGUUUGUUUGGAAAUACAAAGUCAAAAGUAAGCGUUUGAAAUGGCUGAAGCACAGCCAGCUGUCGCCUUCCAGUUUAUAGUGACACCAGAAGGAUGGAAUCUGAAAGUAGACAACCAUGCAUUGACUGCUGUGUUUAUGUCGGGACUGAGGUCCUGGCAGAAAUCUUUGACUUGGUUGCAACGUCGCUUCAUUACAGGGGUCUAUCCGGCUACAUGGGCCAGCUGGAUUCUGGUGUUCUUCAUUAUUCUGGCUCUGCAGUUUGCUGAUCUGCCACCUACUUAUCACAUAAAUAGAUUCGUCUCAUCCUAUUUCAGCUCAACACUGAACCCGCCCCUCGACUUCUAUCUGGCUAGCUCUCUAUGUGCCAGCAUUCUCUGGCUCUCUUUCGUCCUAAUCUCACGCUGGGGUCUAUGGUGUCUCCUUCAAUACCAAGGGUUCAUGUUCGAAGCACCAGGCAGAGGAGCGUCGAUUCUCACAAAAAUCUGGGCGAUCGUCCUACGACUCUGGGCCGGCAGAGAUUUCAUGCUCUAUUCGUUUCAACAUGCAUUGCCUAAAUUGCCGCUGCCCUCUUUGAAAGACACUUUAAGAAGACAUCUGAGAACUAUGCGACCAUUGUGUGAUGAUGAGAAGUUUGCGAAGUGGGAACAGUUGUCGAAGGAGUUCGAAAAGGGAAUCGGACGCCGUUUGCAGUUGUAUCUGACGAUCAAAAGCUGGUGGUCUUCCAACUGGGUCACAGAUUGGUGGGAAGAUUACGUGUACUUGGCCAACAGACAGCCACUUGGAUUCUCGUCAAGUUUCUACGGAUUGGAUAACUUGUUGUACCCCAUGGAAGGAAAGGUAAAGCCCGCAGCCCGUGCUGCUAACAUAGUUCACGCCAUGCUGCAAUUCCGCCGUUUGAUCGAACACGAGACUCUCCCCCCUCUGCUAAUGAGAGACACCAGACCUCUGUGUAGUGCACAGUAUGUGAGGGCAUUCAAUACUACAAGGAUACCACAGAAGGACAAGGAUAGAUUGAGACACAUUAACCAUACCACACAUGUGGCUGUCAACUGCUGGGGAAAGUGGUACAAGAUGCAGUGUUACUACAUGGGCGAUCUACUUCGCCCCUGUGAUAUUGAGAAGCAAUUCAAGAGAAUAAUGGAGGAUGCCACUUCGUACCCUGUGAAUGAGACUGAAGCCAGACUACCUGCUGUCACCAACGUCAACAGAGACCAGUGGGCAGAAACCAGAUCGAAUUUUUUCGCGAGUGGCGUGAACAAGGACAGUUUGAAGGCGAUCGAAGAUGCGGCAUUUGUAGUCGUGUUCUCUAGCAAGGACUUCAUAUUCAAGGAAAAUGAGGUCGGAUCGGCUGACGAAUCAGUGCAACGGGCACUACAUGGAGAUGGCCACACAUAUUGGUUUGACAAGAGCAUCAAUGUGUGUUUCCACCCUAACAGCAGAAUGACAGCCUCAGUGGAGCACAGCUGGGCAGACGCACCUGUCUCCAGUCAAGUGUUCGAGUAUGCACUCUAUCAUGAGUUGAGGUCACACGGAUACACUCUUGAUGGUCACACAAUGGGCGAUUCGAAUCUGAACCUCCCGAACCCCCUUCGACUCAACUGGGACUUCACACCUCCUCUCAAAACAUUCAUAGACCACAGCUACCGGGAAAACACCAGUGCGUGCAAAGACGUGGACCUGCGACUCUUAUACUUCAAAGAUUUCGGGAAAGGAUUUAUGAAGAAAGCUAAAUGUAGUCCCGAUGGAUUUAUACAACUAGCCUUUCAAUUGGCUUACUUCCGAGACGUCGGGCAGUUUCAUUUGACUUACGAGGCUUCCAUGACUCGGCUUUACCGAGAAGGUAGAACGGAAACAGUUCGUUCGUGUACGGUUGAGUCGUGUGAUUUCGUACGUGCAAUGUGUGAAAAUCCGAGAACAAAAAGCAAAGACGAGUUGAAGAAAUUGUUGCAGACAAGUGUGAAAACUCACCAGGAAUUGUACAAGGAUUGUAUGUCGGGUAGUGGCAUUGAUAGGCACCUGUUUUGCCUUUAUGUUCUGGCUAGAUACAUGAAGGUCAACUGUGAAUUCUUGGAAGAAGUCAUUUCGGAGAAGUGGCGACUGUCCACUAGUCAGACAGCUGUCUAUCAGAUGUUGCAACACUCAGUUGACUGGAGGCAAUUACACUGUGGCGGAGGGUUCAAUACAGUUGAUAGCGAUGGCUACGGGAUAUCGUACAUAAUAGCCGGCGAAAAAGCAAUGUUUUUCCAUAUUUCGAGUAAAUUCAGUUCGGCUAAAACGGACAGUGUGCGGUUUAGAGACAAUAUUCAGAAAGCGUUAAUAGACAUGAAGGAACUAUUCGAUUGAUGAAAAACGGCGUCCAUAAACACACGGGAAGUAAACUAAAAUAAAAGCGUGAAUCAAAAUCAAACUUCUGAACAGAGUUUCGAUGUUGCUGAAAUAAACUGAAAACAUUACGGUUGAAGGUUUCAUUUGGGUUUUAUGCUUCAAAUUGAUUUUUUUGUUAUUUUUAGCCGAGGGUCAAUUCAACUGCCUUUUUAUAGAACCCCUGAAAAAGUUUUCGGUUAUCAAAUAUUUAUGCUUACGUGAAAAUGACCUGAGAAAAAUAAAUAAAUAUGGAUUGCUUGCAAUUAGGGUUUAGUGCUGAUUUAAAUUUCCAGACAAAACGAUUUACAC